CCAGUGGGGAGCCGCAUAUUCCAGAAAAUUUCUUGAGGCCUACUGUGACUUGAUUUUAUUACUACACGUUAUACGCCCUCGCCAUCAGUCAGGAAUCAGGCCGCCAGAUCGAUCAGAACACAUCAGGCAGUUAUCAUGGCUUCCAUACUCUGUUAUAUGACGCUGUUGUUGUGCGCUGUAACCUUAAGUGAAGGGUGCUCAUGCGCAGUUCCUACGAUACCACCAUCCGUAGACUGGACAGGAGAUGAUUUUGAAUACUGGAACAAGCAACGGUUUUGCGAUGCAGACUUCGCUAUCAAAGCCAAGGUUUUAAAGAGGUCAAAACCAAGGAUUUCUGAUGAUGACCCUUGGUCAGUUGGCCCUGCGAGCUACACAGUCAAAGUUUUGAAUACCUUCAAGGGAUCGUUUAACGAAAACGAAAUAAUUCAGUUGAAAACUCCAGCCCUUGAAUCAUUGUGUGGUGUUCACCUUAACGUUAAGCGCAAAUACGGCAAAACAAAAUAUAUCCUCACCGGUAGAAGGAGCAACGGGCAAUUGGAAAUCAUGCUGUGUGACUGGUUCGAGCCGUGGAGUAAAAAUACGUUGAAACAAAUCCGCAAGAUCAGUAGCAAAUGUUAAUCAUUGUUACUGUUAGUUAAGUUCGCACGAUCGGUUGUAAGCGAAUACUGGGAGAUAUUAUAUUCUAGAAUGGUUCAUUAGCUCUUUGACGCGGUUUGUAAAACCCUUUAUUUUAUCAAAUGUUGGGAAUAA